AUGCUCCGGACCUGCCGAGUGCUCUAUUCCCAGGCCGGUCCCUCUGCUGGGGGCUGGCAACACCUGUGCUUUGAUGGAGGGGCCUUCCACCUCAAAGGCACAGGAGAACUGACAAGGGCUUUGCUGGUGCUGCGGCUGUGUGCCUGGCCUCCUCUGGUCACUCAUGGGCUGACGCUCCAGGCCUGGUCUAGACGACUCCUGGGGUCCCGCCUCUCAGGUAUGCUUCUCAGAGCUUCCAUCUAUGGGCAGUUUGUGGCUGGUGAGACUACAGAGGAAGUGAAGGACUGUGUUCAGAAGCUUCAGCAGCUCGGCCUCCGGCCCCUACUGGCAGUGCCCAUUGAGGAGGAGCCAGACUCAGCUGCCAAGACUGGUGAGGCCUGGUACGAGAGGAACUUCAGCGCCAUGCUGCGGUGUGUGGACCUGUCACGAGGCCUUCUGGAGACCCCUGGCCCAGCUGGGCAAGUCCUCAUGCAGCUGAAGGUGACGGCGUUGACCAGCACUUGGCUCUGUAAGGAGCUAACCUCAUGGGUCAGAGGGCAGGGGACCUCCUUGGAACUGAGCCCUGAGAAGUUGGCAGAAGCCAUGGACUCUGGGCAGUGUGUCUUCGUGGGCUUUAAUUAUGCUAAGCAACAGACUCAGCAUGCAGCAUAUCUCUUCAGUUACAGCCGCUGUCUGGAGCUGAUGUUGACCCAGGUGUCCCGCCGUGGCCCCAUGUGCCACCUAAUGGUGGCUUCCCACAAUGAGGAAUCUGCUCACCAGGCAACCAAGCGAAUGUGUGAGCUGGGCAUUCCUCUGGAUGGGCCUGUCUGUUUUGGACAACUUCUGGGGAUGUGUGACCAUGUCUCCCUGGCACUGGGGCAAGCCGGCUAUGCUGUGUACAAGUCCAUCCCUUAUGGCUCCCUGGAGGAGGUGAUCCCCUACCUGAUUCGGAGGGCCCAGGAGAACCAGAGCGUGCUGCAGGGUGCCCGCAGGGAACAAGAGCUGCUCCGCAAAGAGCUGCGGCGGAGGCUGCUGGGGAGGGCCUGA